AAAACUGAUUUGAUUCGCGAAAUCAAACUACAAAACCCUAGAAAAAGCUAACUCCAUUGAUCCUCCACACACACACACACAGAGCAUAUCCAUCCCAUUCUUCCCGCCAAUUUCAUGUCUUCGCGGCGUCGCCAGUCUCCUAUGAUUCCAUCUCCGGCGAAGCAGAGGAACAAAGCUCCGAACAAUCCCGCGACUCGAACAAUCCACAACCGUCUUCCUUCUUUCCUAAAACCCGACGCCGCUGUGGAGAUCAGCACCAGCGAGGAUGAUUACCGCGGCGCGUGGUUCCCGGGGAAGGUGCUCACCGUCCCAUCCCCGGAUUCCGCCAACUGCCAGGUGGAGUACGCGACGAUGUCUGAGGUAGACGACGAGAGCAAACCGCUCAGGGAGUUCGUCCACGUGGAUCACCUCCGCCCUAUGCCUCCGCCGAUGUCCGAGGCGGAGAAAAAGAGGGAUAUCGCAGCAGGGGAAGACGUCGACGCGUUUUACAAUGGCGUCUGGUGGGAAGGGACCGUUACCGAGGCUCGCCGCGGCGAUGGGAAGUUCAGUGUUUACUUCAGAGCCUCCAAAGAGCAGAUUCAGUUUCGCAGAGAUGAGUUACGGUUUCAUCGCGAGUGGGUGAACGACACGUGGAAGCCUCCCCUAGAUGAAACUGAAACGGAAUCGGAGGAGGAGGAGUCAGAGGAAGUAGACGACGACACAGAAGACAAAGAGUACCUUGUACCACAAGUAGAUCCGGAAACUACUAGAGCCAUUGCGAAAGAGAUGUUUUCCAACGGCACAGUUGUUGAGGUAAGCAGCGACGAGGAAGGUUUCGUUGGUUGUUGGUUUGCGGCCAAAGUCGUUGAACGCAUUGGAGAAGACAAGUACGUGAUCGAGUACAAAGACUUGAGGGAAGACAACGGCGUGGAGCCUUUGAAAGAAGAAGCGGACUUUCUGCACGUAAGGCCGCCGCCGCCGAGUGAUGAGGAUAUAGAUUUUGCUGUCGGGGACAAGAUUGAUGCUUUUUACAACGACGGGUGGUGGGUAGGUGAGGUUAUGGAGAGUAUGAAGGAUGGGAGUGUUGGUAUCUUUUUCAGGGAGUCGAGAGAAAGGAUGAGGUUUGGAAGGCAGGGGCUUCGUCUGCAUAAGGAGUGGGUCAACGGGACCUGGGAGCUGCCUUUGAAAAGAGGAGAGGUGAUGAAGAGAGCAAAGAAAGUUCCAUGUGAACGGAACGUGAGACGUAAAAUAGCAAUCGACAAGCGAUAUUUCAGCGUUGGAACUCCAGUGGAAGUUGGCAGCAUUGAAGAAGGGUUUGAAGAUUCUUGGUUUCUUGCGAAACUUGUUGAGUACAGAGGAACGGACAAGUGCCUUGUGGAGUACGAUAAGCUGAAAGCUGAAGAUGGGAAAGAGCCGUUGAGAGAAGAGGUUAAUGUUUUUCAGAUAAGGCCUCAGCCGCUAGAGAUGGUCAUGGUUAAUCCGUUCGAGAAGCUUGACAAAGUUAACGCCUUGUAUAAUGAUGGAUGGUGGAUCGGGGUGGUUAGAAAGGUGCUUGCCAAGUCGAGCUACCUGGUUUAUUUCUCGAGAACUGAUGAGAUGCUCAAGUUUCAUCAUUCACAACUAAGGCUACAUCAGGAAUGGGUUGAUGGCAAGUGGAUAGCAUCUUCCAAGUCUCAGACGGCGUAAUUGGGCUGGAGAACGCGUCUGGAUUUUUGGGAUCUCAAGUUUUUUUAUAAAAAAAUUGGAGGUAUUUGAAUAUCGUAGUCUUAGCCCUGAUGUUCCCUAGCUACUGUAGACAAUUGCAGUUAUGUUGAUUAAAUAAAAGACAAAGGAGUUGAUAUUUUCUGA